AUGACUAAUUCUGUGAAUAGUAAUAAAAGGAAUAUAGCUGUUUUAAAUUUCGGAACAAAUGAUAAAGAUAACUCUAUUGUCAUUUUGGAGACAGCAUUAUAUCUAGUUGAAAAAUAUGUUGGGAAUGUUAUUAAUACUUCGUACAUCUAUGAAACAAUGCCUGAAUACCUAAUACUAGAUGAAACAGAAAUAACAGAAAAUAUAACUGAUGAAACUUGUGAAAAUUAUGAAAAGAAGGAUAUUAGUUGGUUAAAUGAAAUGAUUAAAACAUUAGAAUCCUCUAGGUAUGAAGAGAAUAAUGAUUUAAUUCACGAAUGUUACGAAUUUGAGAAAUUUUUGAAGAAUGAAAAUUUAAAUGAGAGUAUCAUAAAUGAAGUAAGUGUAGAUGAUUAUGAAAUGGAAUCUAAAAAUUUAAUAAAAAAAAAUGAUGAAACUUUUAAAAAAAAUUUAGAAAAACAUGAGAGGAAAUAUUAUACUAAAUAUUUUUAUAAUAUAAUAGUUGUGGUUAGAAGUUUUGUUGAGGAUCCUUUGAGUAUGCUUAUAAUUUUAAAAUAUAUUGAACGGUUAAUGGGAAGACAAAGCAUAAAGAACAGAUUAAAAUUUGAAAAUCGCUUAAUAGAUAUAGAUAUUUUAUUUUUUAAUAGCUACACUAUUUUUAAAAAAAAGAUAGAAUUGGACAAACAAUAUGUAUAUAAAGUAAUUUCAAAAUAUAUUAAUAUUGAAAAUUGUAGCAACAAAAAUUUUGAAAUACUUGAAACAUUAAAAGAUGAAAUUGAAUUUUUAUCUAUUCCUCAUAUGUAUACAAAAUACAGAUAUAGUAUAUUAUUAUGUUUAAAUGAUAUUAUUCCUCAGUAUAAGCAUAAGGUAUUAAAAGAAAAAAUCAGCAUAUUAUAUAACAAUUAUGUUAAAAAUUUUGAAAACAUUCAUAAAAUAAAUAUUAAAAAGAAUAACAAGAGAAUAUAUGUACUAAAAGAUAAACCGUUAUAUUUAAAAGAAAAAACACAAAUUGUGGGAGUAUUAAAUGUAAACUAUGAUUCCUUUUCCGAUGGUGGAUUAUUUGUAGAUCCUUCAAAAGCAGUAGAAAGAAUUUUUGAAAUGAUAAAUGAAGGAGCAGAUAUAAUUGAUAUUGGUGGAGAAUCAUCUUCUCCCUUUGUUGUUCCUAACCCAAAAAUUAGUGAAAGAGAUUUAGUUAUACCAGUUUUAAAAUUAUUUCAUCAAGAAUGGAAUAAACUUGAAAGUGAGUUAGAAAAAAAUAUCAUAAAACCUAUUAUAAGUAUUGACACAGUACAUUAUAACAUUUUUAAAGAAUGUGUUGAUGAAAAUUUUGUUGAUAUUUUAAAUGAUAUAAGUGCUUGUACAAAUAAUCCAGAAAUUAUAAAAUUAUUAAAAAAAAAAAGUAAAUAUUUAAGUGUUGUUUUAAUGCAUAAAAGAGGAAACCCACAUACGAUGGACAAAUUAACAGAUUAUAAUGAUAUCGUUUAUGAUAUUAAAAAUUAUUUAGAGGAUCGAUUAAAUUUUCUUGUUUUGAAUGGAAUACCACGUUAUAGAAUUAUUUUAGAUAUAGGAUUAGGUUUUGCAAAAAAACACGAUCAAUCAAUUAAGUUAUUAAAAGAUAUUCAUGUUUAUGAUGAUUAUCCUCUUCUUAUUGGGUAUUCAAGAAAAAGAUUUAUUACAUAUUGUAUGGAAGAAAAUAAUUUAACUGAUAGGAAAAAAAAAAUGCUUGAAGAAGAAAAAAGCGAGAAUGAAAAUAAAACAAAAGAGUGGGAAUUUAAAAUGAAUAAUAUGAGGAAAGAUAAAGAUCAGUUAUUAUAUCAAAAAAAUAUAUGCGGUGGAUUAGCUAUUGCCUCAUAUUUAUUUUAUAAAAAAGUUGAUUUAAUAAGAGUUCAUGAUAUUUUAGAAACCAAAGCUGUUUUAGAUGUAUUAACAAAAAUACAUAAAUCAUAA